AGCGCACACCUCACAGGAAACGUGACACACUGUAUCCCACACAGAAGCUUUUCUCUUUGAAAACUGUAACCGGAAGUUGUGGUAUAUUGUUACCGUGACCGCGCGCGACUUGUUGUUAGGCGCUUCAUUCACGUUUAACGACCGUGAGCAGCGGAGGAAUGGACGAGAAAGAAGAAGAUGUGGGUACAUUCGAUCCAAACAUACCAGAGGAGGGACCAUCAGCGCCACCUCCUGGCUGGCUGGAUGAUAUUCAUGGAUAUCAGGGCCUCAAAGGAGGAGAUGACGAUAACCCGCUGUACCCACCGCCCCCUGCCUACAAUCCCCAACCUGAACAAAACAGAAGCACAUCAGUGCCCGACGUCAGGGUCCCUUCGGUGUCAGAGGAUGUAGCCAGAGAUGCUCUGCUCAAAUUUGUGGAAUCCAAAUGGAAUUACAGCUCCAAACCUGCCAGGAACCUCACCUUCAAAGAUCUGCAGCCCAUCACAGUGUACAGGUAUCGACUGGAGACCUACACCGAGACCAGAGCCAGCGCCUGGCAGUUUGAGCCCUACAACGGUCAGACGGUGGACGGUCCUCAGUACGGUAUGAGCCCCGCGCCGUGGGACAUCCCGGUGUCGCUGCCUCAGAGAUACACCGACAAGGUGGAGAAGAUCCGAGUGCCGCACUCGUCGUUCGUGAAGGUGUGUCACAAGUGCAAAGGCUGCGGGAGAACUCGCUGCACCGCCUGCUUCGGCCGAGGCCAGAAGCGCUGCACGUUCUGCCACGGCCGCGGUCGUAUCAGGAACAAGCACUGCACUUCCUGUCAUGGCAGAGGUCGAAAGAGGUGUUUGAGCUGCCACAGCCACGGCUACAAGACCUGCUCCGUUUGUCUCGGCAGCCAAAACCUGCUGCAUUUCAUCCAGCUCACAGUGACGUGGAAGAACAACGUCAGUGAGUUCAUUCCCGACCGCCAGCCCGACUUUCCUGACAGGAAGUUCGAGAAGGUGUCGGGAGACGCUUUCUUCGUCGAUGAGAGUUUGCUGGUGUACCCUAUCCAGGGUUUCCCGGAUCAGGAGAUCUGUGAGGUUUCAACAAAACUGAUUAACGAACACCUCGAGCGCUUCACCGCCACCAGCCGCAUCCUGCAGCAGCGUCAGAGCAUCGAGCUGGUGCCCCUCACUCAUGCCUAUUACACCUACAGCGGGAAGGACUACAGCUUCUUCGUCUACGGGCUGGAGAACAAAGUGUUUACCUCCAAAUAUCCCUCUGCAUGUUCCAUCCUGUAGGCAGCACGGUAUCGAUAUUUAAUCCCACGACCCAUAUAACCCUUUUUGUUUUGUAUGUUUACUUAAGAAUCUCUGUUUAUGAUCAAAGCUCAGCUUAUUUUUGACAGGAUUCACCUCCAAAUCACAGGGAGCCAAACUUUUAAGAUAAGUGGCCCCAAAGCCGUCGCAGCUGUCGGGUCAGUUAAACAUGUUGAUGGAUUUUCACUAGAAAAGUUUCCAUAUAUCCGCAGAUAAACUUUGUUAUGCAUGUUAGUUAUUUUAACCAUGAAUCAGUAUGAAUUAUACCUCUUUCUCUAAUCUGCUAUAAUCCACCCACUGUGUGUGCGUGCCCUAACAUCUACUUCCUGUUUUCCAACCUGGUUAUUUCCUGUUGCUGCUUUCUUUGUGGCAUUCAGUGCUAAAUGCUUUUGUUCAGUACAUCAUCAGGUCAGAUCACAACCUGGAGUUGAGUUGUUUAUAUGUUCAGUCUUCAGACGUCCUGCAGUCACGCUCAGGGUUUAUUCUCUUAUUUUCUGCACGAACCUCAUUUUACUGCUUUUGGUCUCAGACUCAGUCAGACUCGCUGCCACACUGUUACUCUCGUUACUGUUAGCACGAGUGCACUUACAGCGUCAGCUUCGACUCGAGAUCUUUCUUGGUAAUUCUCACUGAGUGAUGUUUUUAAAGAAAAGUGAUUAAGUGAGAAAAUAACUGGCAGAAUAAUCAAUACUGAAAGUGAUUGUUAGAAGGAGCACCGCCCAGAACAUCACAGAACACGAAUGACCAAAGAUUUUGAACCUUUCUGGACGUUUCAUUUUGGUGUCUCGCUCUCAGUCUCUCUGUGAUUGGUUUUGGUUUCUCUGAUGAUUUUUUUG